AUGAGAUUAUUGUUAUCCUUAGUAUUAAUGUAUGAAUUAAUAAUAAUUUAGAGAUUUAUGUUGUGGAAAUAUAGUCAACAAAUCUGAGAAUAAAAGUGAAGAUAAUUAAGAAAUUGAUAUUGGUUUACAAACAUAUUGCAAAAAAAUUCAUUGUAAUACUUAUACAACUGUAUUAAUCUCGUUUAAAAUUUUAGUGUCAUUCUUGUGAGUUUAAGAACUGUUGUUAAUUUAAUUUGGAAAAUAAUUAAUGCUUACGACUUUUAAAAGCACCAUUUAAUUAUUCUGAACUAAUUGAUAGAAGCAAAAUAGAAGUAAAGAAUAUAUCUGAGUAUCCGGAUCCUUAAUUGAAUGUUACUUUUCCAAAAUGUAAUAUUGUUAAUGAAGUUCCUCUUUAUAAUGCUACAAAUUAUUUAUAUAAGAAUCACGAUAUUUGUGGAAUACCAAAAUAUUGUCCAAAUUAAUCAUAUUAUGUUUCUGCUGAAUCUAGAAUUGUCUUUUAAAAUGUGAAAUCAUAUGUUGGUUAAGGAGAACUUUGUACAAUAUAUUUUUAAGGAAGAAUGGGUCCAGAAUUCUUAAUAUAAAUAGGAAUAGGAAAUUUAUCUUUAAGUGAAGUUAAAGCAGANCAUAUUCAUUAAUUCUCCUAAAAACAAAUAUAUCAAAGUUUUUAAAUAUAGAGAGUAUAUGAACUAUAUUAGUAUUUAAUCUUUAAUUGUAUCAUAUUUUAAAGAUUCUUUGAAAAGACCUAAUUAUACUAUUUAUGCUUUCUUCUAAAUAAGAAUUGGAAAAAGUUUCCAAAUAAAAAAAAUUUCUUUAAAUACAUUCUAAAACUCCAUAAAAUAAAUGUAAAUCGAAUGAAUUUUUUUGAGUAAUAAACGUAACUUCGAACAUUAUUAAAUAGGAUAAAAACUAUUUCAAUAAAUCAACUUUAAAAACGAAAUGCAGAAUUAGAUUGUUAUUUAAAUAAUCAUAUUUAUGUAAAUGUUGAAAUGGGAUUUAUAAAAAUUCUUAAUAAUAUAAAAAAAUAAAUAAAUAUUUCUUAUGAGAUUAUUGUUAUCCUUAGUAUUAAUGUAUGAAUUAAUAAUAAUUUAGAGAUUUAUGUUGUGGAAAUAUAGUCAACAAAUCUGAGAAUAAAAGUGAAGAUAAUUAAGAAAUUGAUAUUGGUUUACAAACAUAUUGCAAAAAAAUUCAUUGUAAUACUUAUACAACUGUAUUAAUCUCGUUUAAAAUUUUAGUGUCAUUCUUGUGAGUUUAAGAACUGUUGUUAAUUUAAUUUGGAAAAUAAUUAAUGCUUACGACUUUUAAAAGCACCAUUUAAUUAUUCUGAACUAAUUGAUAGAAGCAAAAUAGAAGUAAAGAAUAUAUCUGAGUAUCCGGAUCCUUAAUUGAAUGUUACUUUUCCAAAAUGUAAUAUUGUUAAUGAAGUUCCUCUUUAUAAUGCUACAAAUUAUUUAUAUAAGAAUCACGAUAUUUGUGGAAUACCAAAAUAUUGUCCAAAUUAAUCAUAUUAUGUUUCUGCUGAAUCUAGAAUUGUCUUUUAAAAUGUGAAAUCAUAUGUUGGUUAAGGAGAACUUUGUACAAUAUAUUUUUAAGGAAGAAUGGGUCCAGAAUUCUUAAUAUAAAUAGGAAUAGGAAAUUUAUCUUUAAGUGAAGUUAAAGCAGACUUAAGUAUUUGUUUAUCUGUUGGUCUGUUUGAUGACUUCCCUUGUAUAGAUUCUCUCUAAUAAAUGUAAAAUUAUGUUACAAUUUGAGCAAAUUAACCAAGAAUCUUUAUUAUAGGAUAAGAGCAAAUUAAUUUAGAAUGACUUUAUAAUUCACAGAAGAUGCAGAUAUAGAUUUCUCUCAGAUAUUCUAUUAAAUUAUCAGCAUUCAAAAAUUGUAAUUAAUUUUCUUUAUAUAAAUUAGAAGUUAAUAAAAUUAGCAAUAACUAUUUUAAUUUAUUAUAAUACUUCUAUUAACAAUACUUGGGAGUAUAGUGGUAAUGGCUUUGAUUAGAACUAUUUUGAUAAGAAUAUUUGGCAGAAGGUUUGUUGAAUGGUUAGAUCCAGAACCAAUUUUUCCUCAUAGAAGAAGGAAUUUUAAUGUUUUAUCUGAAUUUGAAAGAUUAAAGUCUUAAAAUCUCAUCCAUCAGAUUAAGUAAAAUGAAAUGAAAUUCGAAUAAGACAGAUGUGCAUAUUGUUUAGAAUCAUUUUAGACCGGAAUAAUUAUUGAAAUCUUUUGUGGGCAUUGUUUCCACGAGCAAUGUAUACAGAAUCAUAUGCAAAUAUAAAAAAAUGUUGGAAGAUGUUCUAUUUGUUUAGUUGAUAUUAAUAAAAUGAAUUUAAUUGAUAAAAUGAAUUAAACUUUGCAGUAGUAAUAAGUAGCAUAAGAAUCUUUGGCAAAUCAAAGUCAGAUAUAAGAAAAUUAAAGCAUGAUUAAUAAUAAUUUAUAAUGA